UUCCCCUUUCUCUUCCAUCUCGCGAUGUGUUGGUUUCGACGCGUUUACCGACGAAAUUUUCCGCGUCAGGUUAGCACACGGACAUCGCUUACGGUGUGUACGUCGAGACAUCUGCAAUAAAAAUUGCGUGUGGGAGUGUAUUAUAUCGUUGGGGGUUUAGUCCGGAACAGCACAACCGAUAUCUUCAUGAGGCACUCUCCACUUUAUUGUUCUCAUUCAUUCACUACAGCUAUGUUCAGCUGCCAUCGGCCUGCCUGCUUCGUUGGGGUGUGGCCUUCGAUGUGGCCUCCCAUAACGAAGCGCACACAAGCAAGAGAGGCGUUACCUGCACUGGAUACAGCACUGAAUACUCUGUAGACACUGAGUUGCGGGGCUUUCCUAGCGAAUGCGUCGUGUGUGGACAAACAUUCCAACGCUGGCGGGCACUCCGAAAGCAUAUGGCGUCACAUGAUCCCGGGCCAACCGACCCAGCCUUCUUCAGGAACUGCCGCACUGCUGACGGGAAAAUGCAGUGCAUGAUCUGCGGCAUCGUCAAGACAGACAAACGUUCCCUUCGCUACCACUUCGCGUCCCACACCACUGUGCACCAGUUCAUCUGCCCAAAGUGUCCGGCCAGCUUUAAGGCAUCUCACCGCUUCAUCACCCACUUCACGCGAGCUCACACGUCGCUGGCCCGGAUUUUUCGAUGUGAACUGUGCGACUUCACCACCCUGUACAGAAAACUUCUGCACGCGCAUAGGCUGAGACACGAUGGAAUCGUCGAGAAAGAACGUUGCGAGGUGUGCUUCCAGAUGUUCGGAAACGAGGGAAUCAGGUACCAUUACUUUCGCCACACGGGCGAGAAACCGCACGUUUGUAAGGUGUGCGGCAAAGGAUACAGUAUGAGAGGGCUCCUGAAAAAGCAUAUUGCUUCCAUACAUUUGGGCAUAAAACGCGUGCGCGAACACAGAGACUGUCUGGUGUGUGGUGCGAACAUAGAUCUCCGAAACUUAGAGACGCACAUGCGGCGUCACACCGGCGAGCCUACGAAUACCUGUUGCGUCUGCGGGAGGCACUUCUUCAGCCUCAGGGGAUACGUCCUCCAUAUGGAGAGAAUGCACGUCCGCAAGAAAGAUCGGGAAUACCCGGUGUGCGAGAAAUCCUUUCACGGUCUCUCACAGCUGCAUCAACACAUGCACGUGCACGUGGAGGAAAAACUGUUCAAGUGUGAAGUGUGCGGGAAGGCGUUCAGGUGGAAGCAUAAGGUCGGCGACCACAUGAAGACGCACAGCGAGGAACAGCCCUUUAAGUGCGAGCUCUGCGGAGAAGCGUUUAAGUGGAAGCAUAAUCUGGCCAACCACGUGCGAGCCAAGCACAAGUGAACGUUCCUUUCACAGGAAGAAGUGCGUGAUUCUAUAGGAUUUUGAUUUCUCUGUUUUUAACUAUUUAGUGUUUUCAAAGAACUGUAAUAUAUGGAAAUACAUGAAAUUGUGACGCGUCACCAAGG